CAGUUGUUGUCACUUGUCAAAAAUCAAAUGUCAUUUGUCACGAAUGGAGAACCCCUAAAAACGUGUGAAGAAUUUAUACUAACUUUUUAAACAUUUAUCAUAAGUAAUAAUGGAUUAUCAUUACGAACAGGUUAGCGAAGUAGAAGCUUUAGAUUCCAUUUAUUAUGGAGAUAUGCAAAUUUUAGAAACUGAACCAGUUCACAAAUUCAGUAUACCAAUAAAAUCGGAGGGUUUCGACGAUGGCGAUGGACUGGCUUGUCAGUUAGUAUUCACUUACACGCCAAAAUAUCCAGAUGAUAUGGUCCAAAUAGAAAUAGAAAAUGAGGAGAAUUUCGACAACAUUGUGGACAAAGAGGAACUACUCACACAUUUAAUUGAACAGGGCAAAGAGAAUCUUGGCAUGGUCAUGGUGUUCACAUUGGUGUCGGCUGGACAAGAGUGGCUCAAUGAGAAAUGGGACAAAGUAAAGAAGGACAGAGAGGAACAAAUACUCGCUAAACAGAAGGCUGAUGAGGAAGCAGAAUUGAAAAGGUUUGAAGGUACAAGAGUGACGGUAGAAUCAUUCUUGGCAUGGAGAAAGCAGUUUGAAAUUGACAUGGGCAUUCCGGCCAAAAGAGAGAGGGAAGCUAAAGACAAAAACAAACUGACAGGAAAAGAACUGUUCCUCCGUGACACAACACUCAAUGAGUCUGAUCUCAAAUUCCUUGAAGAUGGAGAUGCUGUCAAGGUGGAUGAGUCUCUAUUCCAAGACUUAGAUGACCUGGAUCUUACUGAUGAGGAUGAUGAAGACUAUGUUCCAGGGCAGAGCGGCAGUGACAGUGAUUAGAAGACCACAUUCCCACCACAGGGAUUCACAAGGGAUGCUUGAUCCAUUUAUGCAAAUCCUAGCUAUAUUAAGUUAUUGUUCAAUAAAAGCCCAUUAUUAAUUGAA